GUUGAAACAAUAAGUAACAUCACCGCAGCAACAAUACCAGAAACAGCAGAAACCGGCACUCCAGCAACUUCGCUAGCAACAACACACGAAACCGAAACUGCCAAACGACCUAAACCCACAACCGAGGUACCUGGCCAGAAAAUAGCAACAGUUACAGAAAAAACUGUAACAACUGAAAGUACUUCAACAGCUCGAACCGAACCAGUACACAUCCCAAUGGGUCCAGAAGAUUUUGGAUACGGUGGCGGAAUUGCUGAAAUCACCGAGCAUCGUUUUGAGAGCACUACCACUGAAGGUUUACCAACUUCAUCAGCUUUUGGACUAGGUAGUUUAAAAACAGAACCGACAAAAUUAAAGGCUUUUAGCGAAACUCCCACGCCACUGGGCCUAGGAAGUAAACUGGCUGGUGAGGGAACAACUGGAUUAAUAGAAUCAACCGAAGAGCCAUUUACUGGUUCAACUGAAAGUACAGAAACCAGCACGUUUGCCAAAGAAACUACAGCAACUGCUUCUACCGAAUUGUCUGCGAGCAGCACAACUUUAGAAGCAAUUAGUAGAGUCACAAUGAGUACAACUGAAAGUAGCGAAACGACUUCAAUAUCCUCACUGGAAACUGAAGAAACGCCAACAACACUGAUGGAACGUGGAACGGAAAAAAAAGAAGGAUUGAGCUCAACUACUGGAAUUCCAGCCAAAACACUGAAGCAUAAAAAAAUCGUAUCCGAAAAGCCAAAAACCGCAAAGUACACCAAGGGAACAUUACCAACUGAAGUAGCCACCACAACGACAUUAGAGGAAAUUAGCACAGAAAGUACUGUAGCAUCUAAGACAGAACUAUCGAACGCGCCAUCUAGUCCACAAGAUUUCGGUUAUGGCGGUGGAAAAGAAGGAGCAACGGGAUCUCUUCCGGUCACUCAACAGGGAAUCGUCGAGACUUCAACAGCUUUGAUGCUGGAGACAGAAUCCAAAAAGCCACAGUAUACCACCGAAACGACGGCCGAGCCGACUUCAACGGAAGGUACGCCAAAAAUGAGUACCGCAGCUGCAUUGGGAAGAACAGUCCAUUUGGUGGAUGCUGAGCCUAGCUCAUCUGAGUAUCCUUGGCAAUCCAAAACUACAAUGCAUUUGUUUACCACACAUCCAGAAACUGGAUCCGGAUUCUAUGGCACAGGAGUAGAAGAAAGUACCGUCAAGGCUUUGCCUUCAUUGUCUGAGCAAACAACAAUAUUUGAAAAGUCAACAAAAGCUGGAAAAACUGAAGCUACAGGGAAACCCACGAGUCUUGAAGCAACAACGGAAUCCAAAUUGGAAAUGACGACCACAGAAUCUGAACUGAAAAGUACUAGCACUUUGGAAGGGCAAAAACCGACAGACAGACGUCACACGGAAGCAGAAGAAACAACCUUUCCAAAAGAACAACAAGUUUCAAUAACUAGUUCUGGUUACCAAACAACAUCAGCAGAGGAGAAGCAAUUGUACAGCACCGAAUCGACAGCAUUGAGCACACUAAUUUCUAGAACAAGUGUUCAAGCUCAAGCAGGUCGAGAAGAUUUCGGUUAUGGUGGCGGAAAUGAAAUUACAGAAGGUUUGCCAACAACUGUAGUUGAAGCAAGUCCCACUGCUAGUUCAGAAUUACCAUCAAGUACCGAGGAGACCAAUAUCAUCGAAACAUCCGUCAGCUCCGAAUCCCCAUCAUCGACAUAUGUGGAAUACAUGACAACAUCCGAAAUUUCGUCGUUAUCAACAAGCGCAGAACACAAGGCGCCUACUCCAGAAGUGCCCACUGCUUUCGAAUCUUUAGAAUCAUCAUCAACAACAAGCAGUGUGGAAACUACUCAGGAAUUCACGCCAUUUUCGGUAACUCAGGAAUUGACGACUAAACUCGAAGAAGCUACGAGAACUACUACGGAAGGUCAAAAAAAGGAGAUAGAAACCAGUCAAAUAAUUCCUGUCACCAUUCUGACCGGUGCCGAAGAAUUUGGAUAUGGUGGCGGAGCAAUCGAACCAAGCAGUGCUGCAACAGUCACUUCAAAAACGACGCCGAAAGGACGUCGCUUACUCGAGAUCUCCGCAAAACUGAACAAUGCCACGUCCAUAGCGACACAACUGUACCGCUCGUUGUUGUCGUUCACAAGAAUAAUGCAAUGCUUCGUCAUUCAUCGUUGCCAAGUCGACCACGUUGCCGGAAGUAGCAGAGUGGAGGGGAGAGACGGAGAUACGGAGGAGAAACGCGAAUUGGCAAAGCUUCACAAAAACAUUUUGUAG